UGAAAACACACGCCCGCGUCACCGUGCCAUGGCCAAGGCAGUCGGGCUCCUCAGCGCUGGCUGAGGAAUAAACACAUCCGUCCUUCUGUCUCGUAUGCAUGCGCGGCUGGACCGGUGGAGAAAAGGGUCUUCUUCGGUUGACUGGGUGACCCUCCAGAGAGAAGGACCGUAGGAGUUUCCUUUCCCACCCACCCCGGGACGGAGGAUUUCCAGAGCUGCCAUCCACCUGAUUUUGACUAAGCCCUUUUGGGGGAAGCAACACCACCGGAGUUUUCACAGACAGCUGCAACGGCCUUCUGGAAGAGAUAUCUUGAACAUGCGUGGAACAAGGCAAAACCCUUUGGGGACCGUGCUCCUUGCCUUAUGUGUUUUCGUGCCCAUCCCUUCAGCGCAGACGAUGGAGGACGAGAUGGUGGUGGAGGACAUCCCUAUGGGGCAGAAGAGGGCACCACCGACGGAAGCCCCCGAGGAACGGGGUGCUGAGCAGGCCAGUCCAAGCUAUUGCGACUUCACGUUUCACAUUCCCUGGUCUGGGAGCGUUUGCUCCCCACCGCCUACCCCAGCAUCCCUCUUGGCCUCUCAGGAGGAGGUGGACCACCUCAAGACCUUCUUGGCCGGCAACGGGGAAGUCCUGAAGGUCCUUCAAGAGGAGGCGCUUCGGGAGGCUGGAAGGUCCCGGUUCCAGGACGUCAUCUCCGAAGCCCUUCCGGACGUGAGAGAGGCCAACGAGGCCUUUUACGAGACCCUGGAGAAGUUCUUACAGGAGCUGGAAGACCACGGGCAAGGCGACCCUCCGCCUCACGAGGAGGACGAGAAAAAGAAGUUAAAGGAGCACUUGAGGAUGAUGGAUCACAUGCUGCGGGUCACCGGCCGCCUUGCCGAGGCGAUGGAGCAGGUGUCCCGGAACCUCCUGGCGACUCUGGCCACCUCGGGCGAAGCUCCUGCCCUUGCCUAGGGAAGUCCCCCUGGGGCUGCUUUGGGAGGGAUGGAAAGAUGCUCCCGCCGUGGACUCUCCAGCAGCGACGGCCUUGAGCCUUUGGAGCCAUGCGCUUUCCUGACAUCCCAGGCCCCCGGUGUGAACGGACUCGAGACUCGAACUCGGGGCAUGGGAUUCAGGAAAUGCCCCCUCCCCCAAGACUCAGGAUUCCAACAUCCCUGGGAGUCGCCAAGGCUCACCAGGGACUGGGGCAGGUGCCAUCGUUUGGAUGAAAUCCCUGUGCUAGCAGGGGCAUUGGUGACGGCCACCUUCGGCAUGUGGAUUCCCUGGGGGAUUCUGGGAGUUGUGGUGGUGGUGGGGAACAGGCAUUCUCAUGCCCCUGCUCCUUAGAAUCAGCCACGCUUGUCAGCUAAACCCCAGCCUGUUAUGGGGGCCAUCCAGAAACCAAAUCCUCAACUACCUUUUGCCUUCUACCGGAUGAGAACAGAGCUAGGAGACUUUUUUUAUACUACAACUCCCAGUAUCCCCCACCAAGCCCAGCCAGUGGGUUUCUUCACCUUUUAUGAUUCAAGGCUACGCGCUUCCAUGGGAGGGGGCUGCCAGAGGUCACUUGUCCAUCCAAAGGGCCACAUCUUGUCCAAGAAUCACAAGAAGGAAGGCGGUCGGGGCCGUUGACCUCACCCAUCAUCCACGAUGAGCAUCCCCCGGGGCAGCCGCCGCCUCGGCUGAAGGAUCGCACGCAGGGCCAUCCGAUCACAGGCUUCUCCCUCCGAGCGAAAUGCAUCGGAAUUCUAGGAAAUCCUUUCGCUUCUUCUCUACAUGUAAACCAGCACGGGUCAUUUUACGCAAAGCCGUGUUUUAUUCCAUUUGCCUUUCUUUAGGCGACGCGCCCUUUCGGGUGAUGUGUUUUUAAAACAUAAAUUUUAAUAAAGGUUAAA